AUGACAGAUUACCACGCAGACGACGUUCAUCGAAUUGCUAAGUGGGUGACCACAAAAUUGGAUCACAAUACCCUCUCUACGGCAGCCUAUGAGCAGUUUGUCUUUGGGCUUGCGAUUCGUAUUCUGCGUGGUCCUGGUAACACUACAGCCUUUAUCGGUGAUUUCUGGCAGAUCAUGGAGCACGAUAUUGGGCUAGCUCCUAGUGGAUUUCUUACCGGGGUGAAGCUUGCGGAUGCUAAUGAGGAUAUCAGUACUCGGCUUAAGAGAUGGUAUUUGAUCUAUCGGAUUGAAACUGAUGCACGAGGACUUGAUCGUUGUUGGAAAAAAGGGACACUGGGACAAAUCAGCUGGAAGACCCACGAGUUCCAUCCGUUUAUUAGGCCUCUUGCUGUAAGGCCACCUGCUAUUGCGAAGGUUCUUACGAAGGUGGGACAGCGUAUUCCGGUAAUAUCAAAGGCUGUCCCUCAAGAAUAUCACAAAGAAAUGCCUAUGGUGGCAAUCUACCGUCGACGAAAAGGUUAG